AUGGCUAUUUUCUCUGCACAAAACUUGGCUUUUGCAUUCGGCAUUCUAGGCAAUGUUAUAUCGUUCUUCGUGUUCCUUUCACCAUUGCCGACGUUUUACCAAAUAUGUAAGAAGAAGUCAGCCGAGGGCUUUCAAUCGUUACCAUACGUGGUGGGGUUGUUCAGCGCUAUGCUUUUAAUGUACUAUGCUUUUGUUAAGGCGGGCAAUUCCACCCUUCUCAUCACUAUUAACUCAUUUGGAUGCCUAGUCGAGACCAUUUAUAUUGGAAUUUUCUUUUACUAUGCUUCCAAGAAUCUAAAGAUCAAGACAACAAAAUCCGUUAUGUUCAUGCUUGGAUCAUAUGGUUUGAUACUCGGCUCGACAACGUUCUUAACCAAAGAUGCAAUUAUGCGUGAACGUAUGGUCGGUUGGACAUGUCUUGUAUUUUCUGUUAGCGUGUUCGUGGCACCUCUCUUUAUAGUGAAACAAGUGAUUAAAACAAAGAGCGUCGAGUUUAUGCCGUUUUCUCUAUCACUUUCCCUUACUUGCAAUGCAGUCAUGUGGUUCUUCUACGGACUCCUAAUAAAAGACUUUAACAUUGCGAUUCCAAAUGUCCUAGGGUUUAUCUUCGGGCUUCUCCAAAUGGGAUUAUAUUGGUGGUACAAGGAUGGUGGAAAGAAAGUAGCUGGAGAUGAAAAAGUUUAUACCGAGGGCGUAAAGAAAGAAGUAACCGGGGAUGAAAAGAUUUCCAAGAAAAACGGGAAACUAGAUAACCAAGUGGUGAUCGAGAUGAAAGAAGAGGAAAAGAAGUUGCAGCCACAUGAAUUAGCCGAGCAACUUAUCGACAUAGCCACGCUUAAGGGGAUUGUUCCUCCCAUAACAACACCAUUAGUCUCGAAUUCGAAAGAGAACAUAAUGGGUGGAGGAACCCUAAAUAUGGCACAACCAAAUAUUUCGGUUCCUAUUCAUGCAGGAAUCUAAAAGAACAUUAAAAAACAGUAACAGAAGCCCUUCCUAUGUAGUUUGAUGAGGGUUUGCUUGUAUACAAGUAAGUUGGAAUAAGCUUAUGCAUUUUAAUCUUUUUCGGUUAUUUUUUUUUCUUUUUUUAAAUGUUGGUAAGAUCUCUCUUUGUAGAGUCUACAUGUAACUCCAGUUGUAUCGAUAUUAACAAUCAAUGAAAAAAUAAUACGGAUCUGGUUGUAA